AUGAACACCCUCUUUAACUCUGCUCUCAAGCAGUCAUCUUCUCUACGCCGCGACCUCGAUGCCUUCGCCGAUGCACCGGGCACUUCGUCGCCCGCACUGCAAGGCCAAAUAUCUGCCUCACUUACUUCACUGUCUCGCACAAUAGACGACUAUGCAGAAAUGGCGAAGAAGGAGCUUAUUCCAAGCAAACAAGAAAAGGCCCAUGAACGCUUGAAGAAUUUCCGGAUCGAGUUGGCAGACUAUAGGCAGAGUUUUGAUCGCUUAAGAAAGGAUAGAGAAGACAGUCAAACGGCCCAAAACCGCACUGAGCUCCUUGGUCGUCGCCCGCAUCAUACCGCAACGCCCGAAAACCCCUACUCGCAAUCCAGCCUGGCUCAAAACUCAACCUUUGCUCCCCCUAAACCUCAAUCCUUGUCUUUUGGCGCCGCUCCACAAGACUACACCCGAGAAACACACGCUCUGCGUGAGCAGACCUUCAUGUCUUCAACCAAUGCUGCACUGGAUGAGUAUCUUGAACGAGGACGAGCGGUCUUGGGUGAUUUGGGAGACCAAAGAGAAAUGUUGAAAGGAACACAAAAGAAGCUGUACAGUGUGGCCAACACACUAGGUAUAAGUGGUGAUACGAUUAGGAUGGUUGAGAGGAGAUCGAGGCAAGACAGAUGGAUCUUUGGGGCUGGCGCGAUUAUAUUCUUUGCAUUCUGCUGGCUAGUCAUACAUUACCUUCGGUAA